AUGGCGUCUGCAUCUUCCGCCGUGAGUAAAAGAAAGGUUGAUUUCAUGGGUGCUUUUGAUGAUAUCGCACCAUCUGCAUCCACUUCUGCCCCAAAAUGCAUGCAAAAACCGUGCUACGAUGUAUUCAUCAAUCAUCGUGGAACAGACGUCAAAUAUACCCUAGCUAGUGUUCUCUAUGGUAUUCUUACUGGUAUGUCACUCUCUGUUUUUUUGGAUUCACAAGAGUUGGAAUAUGGUGAUUUCUUGCCGCGAACAAUAGAAGCAGCUAUGGCCAGCGCUUUGCUUCAUAUUGCUAUUUUUUCCAAGAGCUAUGCAGAAUCACCCUGGUGUUUGGCAGAGCUCUCAUUCAUGCUUAAAUCUGGUGGCAAAAUUAUUCCUAUUUUUUACCAUGUAGAUCCUAGUGACCUCAAGUGGGUACACCAAGGGAAAGGAAUGUAUGUUGAGGCCUUUAGAGAGCAUGAGCGAAAGGGCAGAUACAGCCCAGAACAACUUCAGGAGUGGAAGAGCGCGCUCUACAAUGUCUCAUUUUACACUGGUCAAAUCAUUAGAACUAAUGAGUAA